AUGGCUAAAGGUGUCGCCUCUCUAUGCUGUUAUGUUCUGCUUCUCGCAUUCGUUGUCGAUGCUGUUCAUCAGCAGCGCAUUCAUAACAAACCGAUGGCCGUAGCACCAGCUGAUUCAAAGGCAAUGUACUCAGAAUAUCUCUUCGAAGGAGACAUCAUGACUCCGUACCUGAAACAAGGAAAUAAUGCGCUCAAGAGCUCAAUGGGUUCCUUCUUUGGAAAUGCGCUUCAGAAUCGCCAGGCAAGAUGGGAAAAUGGAACCGUGGUUAAAGAGGUUAUCGGUGCUGCUAUGAAAGAUUAUGAAGCGUACACUUGCAUCACAUUCAAAGAAAAGGAAAAUCAAGAUACGGAUUACGUCGAAAUUAUAUCAGGUGAAGGGUGUGCGUCGUCGGUGGGUAAAAUAGGUGGCAAUCAAACAUUAAUUCUUGGAACUGGAUGUGUCUUCAAGGGAAUCGUCAUGCAUGAAUUGAUGCAUACACUUGGUUUCUAUCAUGAGCAAAGCCGUACAGACAGAGAUGCUUACGUGACAAUUAACCUCAAUAAUGUCAAGCCUGGCACUGAAAAUAACUUCGACUCCUACGGUAUCGAUCUAAUCGACGCUUUGAAUACCACAUACGACUAUAACUCCCUAAUGCACUACAGCAGCACUGCAUUCAGUAAAAACGGGGAAGCUACUAUAGUUCCAAAGCAAACAGGGAUGAAGAUUGGAAAUAGGAAGGGACUGUCUUCUACGGAUGCAGAAAAGAUUAACAAGUAUUAUGAAUGCCCAGAUACCUAUCCAGCUCCAUCGGAGGUAGUGUUGUAA